AUGGCCAGUGUAGCUAAGCCGCUGCAAACCCAUGUGUGGGCAGGGGAGAGACCGCAGAGGCGUGUAAAGCACGAAGCCUUCAGGCCCAAAAAACGCAAGGCGUUCUCUACGCUACCGCGGCAACGGCGAACGGCGGCAAUCUCCGCCUCCUGGAUGUCUAGAUGGAAGACUCGUCAGAAAGUUGCACCGCCACCGACCGGAAUCCAGACGCAGGCCGACUUAGCCGGACCUUUGGCCAUCGCGCGAGAGCGCAUCCGGAAAGCCGAGAAGGACGACCAGGAAGCCAGGCGGGAACGCAAGCUCGUCCUCCCCAAAACAGUCCAGGUCGGACCGGAGGGCGUGUCGGUGAACCGAUUCCACAUGAUCUAUACGGCGCACACAAACGUCUUCAUAUUUAGCAAAUUGCCGGCUUACUACACCGACGACGACGGAGGCCCGGACCACGUACGGUACGCCACCCACGCAGUGGCGCUCCUCGCCGUCGCCAAGUCGCUGCGUCAGCCGGGGCUCAUGAUGAAGGCCAGGCGGAAUUACUGCAAAGCGCUCUCCACACUGAACCAGGCUCUGAGAGAGCCGAAGGGAGUUCAGGAUGACGCCAACCUUGUGACGUUGUUCCUGUUUGGGCUAUACGAGGUCAUAAACGGCCCACGGGGGAAAAGCGCAGUCGAUUUGCAGGAGAAUGUUUACCCGCAUGGAGCAGGAGGUCUGGAGCUCUUCAAGUAUCGUGCCGACCACGGCUUGUCGAACGAAGUCGACAGAGGCUGCUUCAUGUACUUUUGCCACGCAGCACUCAUGGAGUUUUUCAUCCAGCGUAGCCACCUGACGCCCCUGUGGUCGCUACUCGAAAUGGUGGAAACCCCAUGGGGACAAGGACCCAUCCUUGAGCCUCUUGUACGCCAGGUCAUCGCGUUCAAGAAGGCCUUUGAAGCUCUGGUUCGGGCCCAGAAUAACGAGGCCGAGGCGGUGCAGACUUCGCCGAAGGCCUUGUCAAAAUUGCUGCGGGAGGGUAUCAAUGUGAGCGACAACCUCGCGGCAGCGGUCACCUUCCUUGGCUUUUCCAACGUUUCGUCGUGCUCCGGAAGACAGCAGAAGCUAUUCAACGGGCUCUUCAUCGUGACGGACAAGAAGUCGGGAUGCAUCGCCAAGAGCCACUACCGCUCCCUCAGGAUCUAUGUUCUCGAGCGCAUCAUCGACCUACUCAGCAUAAUCAAGGAGAGCGGCGGGCAGGUCGACGAGGAUAUCAGGCCUGUACCAACCUGGUCUGACGGUGUUGCGGUCGUCGAGGAAAUCAUGGAGGAUAUGCGGGCCAUCUUUGACCUGGAGGACAGAGAGCAGUCCUCGGCCGAGGGCACGGCGUACCGCACCAUGACGAUGUUCUGGCCGGUUGUCAUGGCCCGGACGUCCUGCUUCGCAGGCCCUCAAAACGAAAGGUGGAUUUCAAAAAAGAUGCUCGACUUGAGCUCCGACGUCGGGUUUGGAUUAGGCCUCGAGGCUGCAGUCAUGUGA